CUGAUUGGUCAGCCAUGUGAGUUCUAUGUUUGAGAUUUUGUACAUGCUGUAUAUUGCGUCGGCCACCAGCGGUUGUUUUAUAGUAGUUACCUUUUCUUUAUGAAAACUUAAGUUGGGAAUUUUGCUGUUAAUCACUGGUGAUGGAUGCCACCUCAGCAUCUGGACCUAUUCAUCCCUACCGGCCCAGGGAUCUUGUGAUCUCUACCUAUGUGGCCAAUGAUCGAUCCAUGACAGAGAUCCUGGCGUUUCUCUUUUCUGUGUCCGGAGUCUUUCUUCUCGUGACUUGGAUGAUCACUGGCAGACUGGGCACAUGGAGGCGUCUGGCUGUGUGCUGGUUUGCUGUUUGUGGUUUUAUCCACAGUGUCAUUGAGGGCUGGUUCUCGCUGUACUAUGAUGACAUUCCAGGAGACCAGAGCUUCCUGUCACAACUGUGGAAAGAGUACUCCAAAGGGGACAGUCGAUAUGUAAUAGCUGAUAACUUCACUGUUUGUAUGGAGACCGUGACUGCAUGGUUAUGGGGACCAUUCAGCUUUUGGGCUGUGUUUGCCUUCUUAACUAACAAGCCCUACAGAUUUGUCCUGCAGCUCAUACUUUCACUUGGUCAGCUGUAUGGAGCGGUGCUGUACUUCUUCAUAGAGCACAGAGAAGGCUACUCUCACAGUGAGCUAGGACACCCCAUCUACUUCUGGUUCUACUUUGUGUUCAUGAACUUUCUGUGGAUCAUUAUACCACUGUCUCUCAUUGUGGACGCGUGGAGACAACUAUCAGCAGCUCAGAGACACACCGAUGGGACUAAAAAGUCCAAGAAACAAUAGGAGGGGAUGUGACUAGAGGACAGACUGAUACUAUACAAGGGACACACACCAAAAGACAAACCUUUGUCUGGAUUAAUGAUAGUGGUGGUUAUAUAAACAGUGUAUAAUUGUUACUGUAUGUACAGUACAAUGUUAGUGAUCUUUGUUCAGAAGUACAUAUUCUGAUUGCUACCAAAAUAAACAACAUUUUACGAACUACAAUAUGACUUGUCAUUCUCAUAUUGUAGUAAUAAUACAGUGCAAAGUAUUAUUAGUAACUAACUAUACUAUUAGUAACUAUUAGUAACUGUUGACAUACGCGUUAGAUAUACAGGGUUAUUCAAAAGAAUUAACCGAUUUCAUUCUACCCUCAAUCAUGUUUUAUUUCCGGUCUUGCAAGUG